AUGAAUGAAGCUCAAUUAUAUUCAAAUCAGAUAGGCUUUUCAUAUCCAUCAUUGCAUGCAAUAUCCGCAACAACAGAUACCCACCCCAUCCCAGUGAACAAUAUAGAAUUUAAUAUAAAUGAAUUAGAAAAUUUCAAAUCGUGCAUAGAUGGUAAACAAGGUGGUAUUUUAAAAAAUGAUAUUAUCACUGCAGUUUUAUUUAAAAUGUUUGCAUCCUCGUGGAACCAAUUUGACUAUAGUCAGGUUAGAUUCAAUGAUUCCACUUCCUAUGCUCUAAGGACGAUCUCAAUAGCUUCUAAAGGUACAAAUUUCAUAUCUUUCGAUAUUAAUAACGACAACAAUAAAAUAAUUUCAACAUAA